AUGGCGGACUACGAAGCUUCGUUCGAGGCCACUGCGCCCCCAGCGCGGCGUCGACCUUCGCGUGUCAAAAGCGCCGACGAUGCUGCACACUCCGCACCACCCUCCUCGACAGGUACAGACGACAGCGGCUCCAAACUAUCCAAGACAAGUCGGCCAACUCUGAAGAAGACAUGCAAGAAUCAUGCAUCCGCAGCACCGGCGCCCAUCUACGAGGAAGAGAGUGCGCACUGGGAAGACGAUACUGUAGGCCACAUGCCGAAUCUAGGGCAGAUACCGGAAGGGCACGAAGACACAAGGGACAGGAGUAGGGACUCUGCCGUCAGCUCGGCUGUUGAGCCUCACGCUCGUCGCCGCCGGCAUUCUGAGGAUAGUAGCUCUAGUCGGCUGCGGGUGCGUCCAAAACAUGGGUCCUUGCAGCGACGCGCCGGAAGCCUUGCCAAACACUCCAACCCUUCUUUAGCCUCAGUGCUUUCUGGCCUGACUCAGCCCAGCACAGCAAGCGAAAGCAACACAACUAUUACCGAGAAAUCUCACCGUCAUGAACGGCGUCGCAAGGAAAAGUCGUCAAAGGGUAGCAAAGCGCAGCGUAGGAAGCGUGCUGAGGCACCCUCAGUUGCUGAUACAGAAGCUACGCAAUCUGAUGUCUUUCAAUUCCUGAGUCAGGAUGCGGGGGGACAGGAUUCACAACUCGAUGCGCAGAGUGUCCUGCAGGCUUCUUCUCCAUCGGUUACCUCGUCAGCAGAUUCGCGUGACAAGGACAGCAAGUCCUCAGAUGCUAGCGAGGGUGCUCAUGACACCCCCAGGACAUCACCGACCUCAACGCGAAGAUCGUACAGUCAGGGAGCUCCCUACUACGGUCACUAUCAACAACCAUCGGGAAAGCCGUUGUAUCAGAGUAGCUUUGUUCACGGUCCCGGAGACGAGGAAGCAGAAGAUAGCGAAGUGUACAGCGACGAGGAGAGUACAUACGACGCCAGCCACAUGCCACACCCAUCUCAGCCAGCUCCACACUGGAACUACCCCCCAAACUCCCAGCCCGGCAAUGCACAUGCAACUCAUCUUAGACAACAGCAACACCGGUUUGCUGGUCACGUGCUUCAAAGCCCUCAGCCGCACCACAAUGUUCCUUAUGCCGGUGUCUUGUCCCCCAACGUCCAACCCGCUGUACCUUUUCACGACCCACGAAUGUACUCGGGCGCAUCGCCGACAGACUUUAGUGCGACAGCGAGCCAAGCUUCAGCAUGGCCUCCCAUGGCGUCUUAUCCACCACCUUUGGCCAUAGGCUACUCGCCAGAGUCUGUUGCUGCCUAUCCACAUCACUCACCCGUAGCAAGCCACAACGUGCCCAUGACUGUGCAAUCGCCCAUGGUUGCACACGCAGAUGCAUCGCAUCACUUGGCCAUGGUCCCUCAACCUCACUCGCAACGGCAAGGAAGCGUCGCUGACGAUACGGUGAUUGGCUACGAGCUCCUGGCUUACAAGUUGAGUGAACUCAAGAAGGAGGGCCGCAGCAACCAAGAAGAUACCGUGGUGCCUGCGUAUCGUAAGUUUGAGCAGUUGAACCACCGCGUUCUCCUGCAUCUGCAGGAUGAAAUCAGCGAGUUGGAGGAAGAACUACGCCUUCUAGACCAUGAUAUUGCCCAAGCCUCUCCAGGCGGCCAAACAGGGCAUCACCACCCUGCAUCCAGACGAGGAGAUAGUCUGCAUGGAAACGACGUGCAUCGCCGAAGGAUCGAUGUACUGGGUCGAGUCUAUCAGAAGCUGGAACAAUACAACCGGGCCCUGUCUGCGUUUAAUGAUGUCAAGAGCCUUCCCUCUGCUAGUCGUUCAGAUGUGGAUAGAUACCGAGCGUGGAUGAAGCAGCGCAAUCCUAUCCACGAAGCAGAAAGUCGUUUCCUCGAGCGCCAGACCGACUUGGUCGCGUUUUCGCCGAGAAGGGAGGCGAGUAUUGGGCAUGGCGCGGGGACAAGCCAGCAUGCCGCCAUGUGGCUUCCGCUGUUGCCGUUUGUGGCCUUUUCGGUUGUCCCCAGCUUGCUUGGACGCAUCAUCGUAAUUGCGCUUAUCAGUGCCGCGGGGCUAAAGAGGGUCACGUCGACGCCAGAGUUGACGGCCAUUCUGACCAUUCGGGAAUGGAUGUAUGCGACAUGGAUCUAUUUCGGAUCGAUGUCUGUUCUCGCGCUGCUUGUGCGCUGA